AUGUCAAGAAACACAACGCCCGAUGGUCUCGACAAUAGAUCAAGUCGAACGCGCCCUCGUGUCUUUCCCUACACCAAAUACCUACCCUACGAUACAGAGACUCCAGACCAGAGGCAGCAAGAUGUGGAUGAGAUGAUCAAACACCUAUACAUUGCAGUUGCAUCGGGCGACUUUGUGCCGGGAGCUGUACACUGGACAAAAGAGAUUCGCGGUUGGCUGUCACUCAAGUUCGAUCUAAACCGUGAGCAGCGCAUCAACCUGACGAAGCUCUACUACGAACUCGCUCUGGCACCUGGUCUUGAGUACACGGUUGCAGAGCGCUUCGCUAGCAUGUUCAUGGUCUUGACCAAGCGCCGCCACUACCUCAAGCCGAUAGAUGACCUUGUGCUCGACUGGCGACCUCUAUACCAGGAGAUCAAGGUCUUCGUCCUCCCCGGCGAGUUCGCCACACCUAACACCUUCUCUAGCAAGCGUAGCAUCCGUACCCUCACCAAGAUUUGCACCUUUGCCCAGCUCUUCUUCGACCCGCAAGAAAUCCCCGCCAUACUCGAUGAACUCCUCCCCUUCUUCUCCAUGUCGCCUUCAGAAAGUGCCUUUGUCGUCAUGGGUCUGGUCAACCUCUUCUUUCCCACACACGCCCCGCCGCCGAACCAACCAAAGCUCCAGCCUCAACAUUACCUUCCAACCUUCUUCCACCUCUGGUCCAUCAUAAACCGUUCGACCUUUACCGAUCAGCGCUUCCUCGAUAUGUUCUCAAGACUGUCGCGCGACUGCCUGACGGUUGAGCAUGUACCUUUCGGCGAGCACGGCAUAUAUACUGCAGAGCAGACAUCAAUGAUCUUCACCUCCAUUUUGAGAUUGCUCGAGAUCCCCGUCGGUCAAGCCUCAUCGCCCUAUCACAUUAAUAUUGAUCUCGGUGCUGGCUUGUCUGCUCUUCUUGAGCGCGAUCCUCGCAAGCAUCCUGCUUCCCGUAGCAUUGCAAGAUGGAUCAUCAUGUCCCUGUCUCCAGCCUGUCUGAAAGUCAAGGAUGGUAGAUCCAUCUUACACCAGCUCGAGGGCCUAAUUCAGGGUAUUGAGACAUUCUUCCAUCCCUCCAACACAGGCGCUUGGACCAAGACGCUCUCACAACUUGUCUACUACCUUGCAGACUUUUUUGUAAUGCGUUGGAACAGGGAGGAGAGUGGCGAAUACAAUAUGACUAGCGAGCGUAAGUUGACACCCGAACUGCGUAAGCGCUUCGUCAUGUGCUUGAGAGAAGUCGUGUUCAUGAACAUCUACUCAAAGAGUGGCACGGCUGUCAACUACGCUCUGUCUACUCUACAGUGUUUGGCCUUCCUCGAACCCAAUCUGAUCCUUCCCGGUGCCCUGCAGCGUAUUUACCCUGCCAUGCAAGGGCUAGUUGAGGUGCACAGAACAACUUCAUCCAUUCGUGCUCUGCAAAUGCUGUCUAGAAUUAUCGCUCGUACAAAGGGUUUCAGAUGUCACUUGACUACUCUCCUUGGCCUUGCUCUUCCUGGUAUCGAUGCAAAUGAUCUUGACAAGACCAUGAACUCACUGUCAUUCGUGCAGGCUGUUUGUUACAACAUUCCGCUUCAUGAUCUUACCAAGAGUGCGCAGACAGAUUCGGAUGGCGAGCCCAUGUCUGGCAGCACUGCCACUGCAGUCGAAUGGAUCACACAACAAGUUGACCGUUUCGAGACCGAGGGCUCCCUAAUCGAGCUGGACUACGAGAAUGAGCUUACCGACGAGGACGAGGAAUUAAUUCUUCGAUCAUCCACUGCCGGAUUUGCCGAGUUUUUGAUUGCCUUCCUCGGUCGGGUGUUCACUUUGCUCCAGAAUCUGCCCGACGCAUCUCGUGUCAAGAGCGGCUCACCCGAAGAGAACGUCGUCAAUACGUUGCCAGCGGCUUUUGCACCUUUGCUUGCAGCUUUGUCACCCGAGCUCUAUGACAUCGCCUUGCAACAGAUCGCCAAGUUUGUUACAAACCAUGUCGUGCAUCAAGCUCGUGAUGCCAUGGCUUUCAUCUGUAACACUCUGGUCAAGGUCUCGCCCAAGAAGGCUCUAAGCCGUCUUCUGCCCGACCUGAUCUCAAGUAUCAGAACUGAGAUCGACGAGAACGGCGCCGGCUCGAGCAGAACAUCCGGAUCAGAGAUACUUCCCCGCGAUCGCGCUCUGGUUUGGAACAUCAGUCUACUGAGCAUGUGCGUUGUCCAUGUAGGUUCCGACGUGCUUGACUUCAAGGACGAGCUGUUCGACAUUGCUAGUUACAUGCAGGAUAAGUGCAAGGGCAUUCCUCUCGUCCAUGUCUCGAACUUUGUCCAUCAUUUACUGCUCAACUUGACUGUCACAUACACCACGGACUACUCUCUGUACGAUCAAGCUGAUCUCGCCAAGGGACUACAGCCCAAUGACUGGGCCAAGCUACCAGAUCCGAAGAACUUGAAUGUUCAAUGGCAUGUUCCCAAGGAAGCCGAGAUUGAGUUCGCUGUCAGAAUAUUCGAGUAUCAAGGCAAGCGCUCUAUUGAUGCACUCACUGCUUUGACCAGCGAUAACUCGCCCGUCAAGCGUGAUGGUACAGGCAAGGACUGGUCAGAUGAGGUGUCUCGCAAUCUUGUUCUCUUACGUCUGUUGGUCUCGGGUAUCUCUUGUUUCUUCCGCUCAGACGAUGAAUCUGUCACUCCGGUCAGUGGCCAUGACACUGAAGUAAACGGCAGCAUAUUACCCAAGCAAGAGAUCCAGCAAAGUCCCACUGAUCUAGCCGAACCGGACGAUGACAAGAUCCGCAAGACUUUCAUCUACCCUACCGGCUACCCGCUGAAGACCAGCAGCCCACACUACGAGACAGUGCAUAAGCUACGCCGCUUCACUGGUGAGACUUUGCAUCGCGUUCAUGAGUUCUUGACUCAGCACCAACAAGAUGAUGUUCUCUGCUUCAAUGCGCUCUACACAGCCUAUCGCUCUUGGUUCAUUGAUAUCGGUAUCGAGCGAUCUGCCCAUGUAUUGGACAGACUGAGUCGUCUUCUGUCGGCGGAUAUCCACCCUUACAAGUUCAGUGGAACGCGCAAAGCUUACCCACGACCUCUCCUCGCCAGACGUGCAAACUUGUACCAUUUCCAAAGAUUGAGAUACAACGAGUCCCCUCGCGCUGCGUCAGAUCUUGACAAGAUCCUGCUGCUCGAUUUGGCCCAGUCGAGCGUAUCAGUAUACACAGACAUUCGACGCACGGCUCAGACUGCUUCCGAGUCAGCUGUUCAAUGUAUCAUUGGAGCCAAGCCCCUCGUCAUUCCUCCUCUUUUGGAUGCCCUAGAGGACGCUGUGAACAAGACUGACUUCCCACGUAUCAAGGGUGCCGUGUUCUCUCUGCUCUUCGGUAGCUUGGCUCGUCCUAUCGAGCGCAACUGGAGGUUCACUCCUAGGCUCAUCAGGCUCUUCAUCCGGGUGGGAGAGACAGACAAGCCGAGUAUCCAGAAGCUUGUCAGCAACGCCAACUUCCAAGUACAUUCGAUGUGCAGGGCUCUAGAUCGCAUGGUCAUCUUGGACGAGAAGACGGUUGAUAGUAUCUGGCCGGUCGAGAGCAGUCAUCAGUCUCUGGACAAAUCCAAAAUGGUCGCGACUUCCCUCGAAGAUGCAAAGGCGUUACUGUCCCCGAAGCAAGACCGUAUUCGUCAACGCAGAAUGCUCAUAGAAGGAAAGAAGUCUGAACUGUCCUCGGAACUGGUUGUCAUGAUCAAGGACUCACAUUGGCGCAAGGCUCAACGCGUUGCAGCUCUUGUCAUUGGUCUUGACUACCGUUACGAGACUAUUGCCUCGGAUGGUAUGCUUGAUCUCGUUGUCAAGGGUGUCAUCGACUCACAUCCGUCACUGCGCGUGCUUUUCGCCAAUGCUCUGCUCGCCAUCUCUAGUCUGAUACAGACAAGAUCCAUGACUGAGCACAAGUAUGAGAACUACCUUCUCGACAAGCAGUUCCCGCCUGAUCGCAUGGUCGUCGAGACCAAGUCAGACGACCCAAACUGGACUAAGCAAUACCUGGACGCCUUCUCGCAGCCUGAGGUAGAGUACUAUGUCGAUGCCGAAUAUCCUGGUUGGCUUGUCUGGGACAAGGUGAUGCGUGUGUCGAAGAAUCAUGCUGUCGACUUGGAUUACGAUCAGGUCGAAAUGGAUACUCGUAAGCGUAUUGGCAUGCACAUUGAUCGUCAAUGGAUUUCCGUGUUCUUUGAUUACAUGAAGCAGGAGCCCCGUGACAAUCAAGAUCGAUUCCGCACCACGAACUGCACGGUCAUGUCUUGGAUAUUGGAUCUGGUCAUGGUCGGAUUGACACCGGCAACAUUUGACGACGUUGUCGAUCUCACCAAGGCCACUUUUGGCGAUGGUAGCGAUAAGCAUCAACACCGCGCCACUGCAGAGAUCAUGGGUGCUUUGAUCAAUGCUGCUGAAGACUGCCAACCCAAGGUGAAGGAAAAGGUCUGGGAGUUUGUCUUCCCUCUUCUCGAGCGUGUCUUCCAGGAUGGUCUGACGCCCGAAAACCUUUCAUACUGGAGCAGUUUCCUGACUCUCACUGGUUGCGCAAGAGAUCCUCGACGAUGCUGGCCUCUCGUUGACUACUUCUCAAGCUUCAGAUUGGACAUGUCUACCAAUGCUGCUUUCAAGGAGAGCUCCAAGAUCACUCUUCUGCAGCUCGUCAUCGGCACCUUUGGCUGGCAUUUCCAGAACGAGAAGCCUAUCCUGGAAGAUUUCUUGAAACAUCUCGAUCAUCCUUACAAGGGUGUUCGUGAGAACAUUGGUCACACAUUGUCAUCAAUCUACCGUAGUCGUUACUACGAGGGAUACUCGGAUGUCACGACUCUGAUGGAAACUCAGAAGGCCGCGUCUUCCAUUGGUACGCGGCCUUUCCAAGCAACAGAUGAGUUCCGCGCAACCAUCAAAGAUGUCUUUGAUAGACUUGAGAAAUGGCGUCAAGAACGACCUCCUGGUAUCCAGACUCCGACACCGUACACACAGGCCAGUAAGACCGUGUUGUACUGGCUAGAAUCGACGGUCAAUAACUAUGACUGUACCACCCUUGUCGAGUUCUUGCCCGAUCCUUUCAUGCAGCAGCUCUUGAACAUGAUGGACGUCAAGGAAGACCCUGAGCUGCAAUCUCAUGCAUGGAGCGUGUUCAAGCAGUUCCCCAAUAUUCCUCACAGGAAGGGUGAAGACGAGGCUCUCGCAAAGAGUCUUGUCGAGAUUGGCAGAACUAGCCCUGCCUGGCAUCAGCGUCUUCGCACCUUGAUCAACAUCCAAGUGCUCUACUUCCGCUAUCUAUUCAUCAUGGAGUCGCCGCGUCGUGAGUAUCUACUUAAUAGCGUCAGAGACAUGUUGCACGACACACAGCUUGAAGUCCGUCUUGGAGCUGCUCAAACCAUUUCCGGCAUGAUUCGCUGCUCACCCGUCGAAUUCCGCGACAAAGUUGUUACAGACUUGAAGAAACACUUUACACAGCUGCUUCUCAAUAACCCUCUGCCUAAGCGCGGCAAGAACGCCGGGCCUCCCGGUACGCCUACACCUGAACAGAAUCGCCUUGAUAUCACCCGCCACGCAGCUGUUCUUGGUCUUGGCUCGCUUGUGCAGGCCUUCCCCUACGCCAGUCCACCUCCACAAUGGCUUCCUGAGAUAUUGGCUACGCUUGCCAUGAAAGCCGCUAAUGAUCCUGGUGUCGUCGGCAAAGCUGUCAAGACGAUCCUGAGUGAGUUCAGAAAGGUCCGCCAGGAUACCUGGCAUGUAGAUCUCAAGGUUUUCCAACCCGAACAGCUAGAGGAUUUGGAAGGUGUUUUGUGGAAGAGUUACUUUGCAUAG